AUGUUCACAGGUCUGAUUCAGCACCUCGGGACGGUCGCGUCUAUCGAGCACGACGGUGGAGGAUGCAUGCUCGCCGUUGCAGACGCAUCGCCUAUCCUGGGAGACUGCCGGCGACUCCAUCGCGGUGAACGACGCAUGCCUCACCGUGACGGCGUUCGACGCACAGGCGCGCGGCGGGUGGUUCACGGUAUGGCUCGCGAACGAGACGCUAGAGCGGACGGAUCUCGGCGAGCGGAAGUGUUUGCGGUGGUGGGCUAUGUCGCGAUUGAUGGCGCGUCGCUCACGCUGACAACUGUCAACGACAUGCAGCGCACCUUUGGCGUCAUGCUCAUCAAGCACACGCAGGAGAAGAUCACGCUGAGCAAGAAGCCGCUCGGUGCGAAGGUAAACAUCGAGGUGGACAUGCUUGGCAAGUUCGUGGAGAAGAGUGUGCAGGCUGCGUUAUCGGGCGGAGGCACUUCAAAUUUGCGAGCGAUGGUGGAGAAGGUUGUAGAGGAUGUCCUCGUCGAAAAGGGAGUCGUAUGA